AUGAUCCAACUGCCGCCGUGUCCGGUGAUGGAGAGCAUCACUGUUUUCUCACCGGAUCAACUCAGAGCUGCUUUGUCAAAUCCCAGGAAUUCCUCGAGAAUUGAAUCCACAUUUUUGGACUGGAUCGGGCGAUUGGAACACAUCUUGAUCGAGCAGCAAAGGGCACGUCGCGAAGUUGAGCAAUACGGUCCACUGUACGAACUGGAAUAUUGGCGCAUACGAUCAGCAUUUUUUGGAAAUCUGUGCAUCGAACUAAGAACGCCUAAAGUACGUGCAGUUGUCAGUCUAAUGGACUCUAAUCAAAGCAGAGGGAUGCCGAGGUGGAAAGAAGUUGUUCAAGGCAUUUUCCAAGAACACGGAAGGGCAGAAAACAUCAAACAUGCCUUGUCAAUAAUUGAGCGACAAUUAGCGCCGUUGUACUUAUUUCCACCGGACAAAUUGAUUAAAGACAUGCGGCAGUUGUUCAAUACCAUCAAGUUCAUACACACUCUGACUCCGAACGAAUCAUCCCAACGUUUGUCUCCGUUGUUGAUCAAGAUCACUACGCAAAUGAUCAACAGUUGCAACGAUUACAUUUCAAGUCACGGCUCGCUGACGAUUUGGACACAACCGAAGCAAGUCGUCCGACGAAAGCUCGAAUUGUGUCUCGAAUUGCAUUCGGUGUACCGAAGAAGUUUCCACGUUUCUCAGGGCAUGCUCGAAAGGGAAGGUGUACCUGCUUUCACUUUCAGUACGCAUUUGGUUUUCGGGAAAUUUGACUCUUUCGCAAAAAGACUGCAAAGAAUCAUGGACUUGUUGCAAAUGUAUGAUCGCUACCAUAAUUUGCUGUCUUCCGGCAUUGAGGGUAUGCUGAUCGACGAAAAAACGAUCGGGGAAAUGAGCGCAUCGCUGGACGAAAUGAUGGAUUGCAUCGCGAGGAAAAAUUAUGACUGUCUGGACUCGAACCAUCGGUUUUUCGAGUCGGACUAUGACGCCUUCAUAGCUCGCCUCAAUCUCAUGAUCGACAAGAUCCGCGUCAUACUUGAAAAAGAGUUCUCCAGUGUUUGGAAAGAACCCACGGUCAACAUGAUUUUCCUGAAAAGAUUCGAGCAACUCAACGACCGAAUCCCGGGACUCGCCACAGACAAGAAGGCGACGCAAAUCCUGCGAGCUUUCAAUGACGUACUCGACAAGGUGAAGAACGAGUACAACACAAAGAAGGACAAUCCUCCUCUUCCGAGGAACAUGCCGGAAGUAGCAGGCUCAAUUGUUUGGAUCCGAGGCCUGUUUGCGAAGCUUUCGAACCCCAUCAAACGAUUUCAGAAGCACGUGAACAUCCUCAAGCGUCCCGAGGCAGCAUUAGUCUCCCGACGAUAUCUGACACUUGUCAAAGGUCUCGUUGGAUACGAAAUAUCUCUCCACAAGGAGUGGAGAGAACGCCGAGUGACGAAUAUUCUCUUCAGCUUGUCAGCAACGGUCCUUAUAAAAGAUGGGUCUAGCAAAAAACCGAGGUUAGUUUGUAAUUUCGACCCAGAAAUUCUCGCAGUCAUUCGGGAAGCCGAAGCUUUGAAGAAGCUGAACUUGGAUCUGCCACGUGUCAUUCUUGGCCUAGUGGAAAGCAAGUCUGUGUUACUGGAAAGGCGUCUAAAAAUACAGCAAUUAGUGGGAAGGUACAAGCAGGCAGUUUCGAAAAUACCCGAAGGAUUCGUUGGUUUGUUUGAAAAUCAUCUUCAUCGAAUCGAUGAGGCUCUUCGUCCUGGUCUGCGCACUGUUGAAUGGAGUUCCAAAGAAAUACCGGAAUUUGUGGAUGAAGCUACGCAAAUUAUCGAUUCUACAGAAGUAUAUUUCAUACGGCAUUUUCAGCUGAUGGAAGAUUCGCUAAUCGAAAUGCUAUCCAUCAUCCUGCACUCGGACCCGUGUCGAGUACGUGAUUUGUCGACAGUUGCGAUGGCUAUUCGCAUGGCACAUAGAACGAGAAGUUCAUCCGGUGUUGAUCAUGAUGAAGCUGCUUCGCAUUCCGAAGAACAUUCCCAGGGGGCGGAAUGCAGUGGGACUCCAAACGCGGAGGAUAAUCAUCAAAAAAGAGACCAUCACGAUAAUCAUCAGCACCACAACCAAGUGAAUCAACAAACAGAGCCAGGAAGCUCAUUGGGUGGCUUACAGAGAAAUUUACUUCCUAUUUGUUCCGGCUCGACGUUGCGAAUAUUCAAAGCACCAGCACCGAAUAAUCCCGACAAAUGCGACGAUCAUCGAAUUCGUCGACAGCGAUUACUCGCGAAAACUCACACAGCCUGCGAAGAACUCGUCGGAUUUUACACGCAAAAACUCGUCGACAUUCUGGUGUCUCUUACGAGAUCAGCAAUAGAAGAUCUGGCUUACUUCAUGGAUUUCAACCCUCCUGUCGAGUCACAUUCAUCACUGGCAGCAUCUUGGACAAGCUUUUCUGGAGAAGUGGAAACCAAAGAAGCUGCAAUUCAGCUGGAAGCCAUCCUAGAAAAUCAUCGCAUCAACCUCAAACCGUCCAUCAAUCAGAUUCGUGAAAUGUUGUUGGACGCGAGCAGAAUCAUGUUGACCAUUUCUAGAACUACCAGUCAGUGGACCCGAGUCCAGACUUUUUUCGGAGGACAUCAAUACGUUCGUUCUGAGACGUAUGGUAAGGAAACUGAAAACAGGAAGGCAAGUGGAGACAAAAUCAAUUACCCGUUUCCAAAACCUUGGAUGACGAAACCCAGGAUUCCACCAGAGGAUAAAUACUGUCCCACUCCGGUUCGACCCAAUAAUUUUUUCAAGCCAAUCUCGGAAAACAAAGAGAUAGUAAGGUGCAUGAACAGUCUCACGAACAGGAUUUCAUCGCUGAAAUCAGAAACGAAGAAGGAGUUGGACAAACUGUCAAAAUUUUCAGUGUUAUGGAUGCCCGGAAGAGACCAGGAAGUUCGCGAAAUGUUGCGACGAAAUCCGCCUCCGAAUAUUUACGAUUUCGAGCAGAAGAUCAACGAUUUCAUGAACCUUGACAGGGAAAUUCGGACCAUUCCGAACAGCGCAACGAUUGGGCCGAUUCACAUAUCUUAUGAGAAGUUGAAGCUUUUAAUGGAGGACGGGGCAAAGGCUUGGAUCACAAGUUAUUGCCGGGGCUGCAAAAUAGCGUACAAGAGGAAGCUGGAUAAGUUGUUGAUAAGAAUUUCCGACAUGUCCCGGAAGCUUAGCCAACCUAUCAGGGACCUUGACGAGCUCAGUAUCGGCAUGCAAGCCUUGCGUCAAAUUCGAGAAAACGAGGUCGACAUGGAAAUGGCAAUCGACCCGAUUGAGGAAUCCUUCGCACUCGUGCAAAAGCACCAAAUUCGAAUCACGAGGGAAGAGACGGACAAAGCCGAUUCACUGCGAUACACAUGGCACACGUUGCAGGCCCAAGCGAAUGAGAUUCAGGCUCUAUUGGCAAAUUUGCAGGCUAAAUUUCGCCAUCAACUGGCGAAGAACCUUCAGCAAUUCGAGGUGGACAGUGCAGCCUUUUGUGAGGCCUACUACGAGUCUGGUCCGAUGGUGAACGGACUAGUUCCGAAAGAGGCUUCCGAACGACUCCUGAAUUUCCAAAAUCGAUUCGAUACGCUGUGGAGACGUUACGUCGUGUAUUCCACCGGCCAAGAACUGUUCGGCAUGGAGCAGUCCGACUUCCCAAAGCUUUUCCAGAUCAGGAAGGAACUCAAUUUGCUGCAAAAGCUCUACCGACUUUACAACGAUGUCUUGGACAAAGUGAAUUCGUAUUACGAAAUCCUUUGGGUCAAUGUCAACAUCGAAGAAAUCAACAACGAACUGAUGGAAUUCCAAAAUCGAUGUCGCAAACUUCCAAAAGGUUUGAAGGAAUGGCCAGCAUUCAAUUCCCUCAAAAAGAUAGUGGACGAUUUUAACGACAUGUGUCCAUUGAUCGAAUUGAUGGCGAACAAAGCUAUGAAACGUCGACAUUGGGACAGACUGUCUGAGGUCACGGAUUAUGUUUUCGACGUCGAAAAUACGGCGAAAUUCAGCCUCAAAGAAAUCAUGUUAGCACCACUGCUCCAGCAUCGGGAGGACAUUGAGGAUAUUUGUAUAUCAGCGGUCAAGGAGAGAGACAUUGAAUCGAAACUCAAAACAGUCACGAAUGACUGGGCGUAUCACGAACUUACAUUCAUGUCAUUCAAAAACAGAGGCGAGUUGUUACUUCGAGGCGAUUCGACGGCAGAAAUUAUUACUCUGUUGGAGGACAGCUUGAUGGUUUUGGGAUCCCUUUUAUCAAACAGGUAUAAUGCGCCAUUCCGAGGGCAAAUUUUAAAAUGGGUCUCAGACUUGACAAACGCAAGCGAAAUUCUGGAGCGCUGGCUUUUCGUACAGAAUCUUUGGGUUUAUCUUGAGGCCGUAUUCGUCGGCGGGGACAUCGCGAAACAGCUUCCACGAGAAGCCAAAAGAUUUUAUUCGAUUGACAAAACCUGGCAAAAGGUAAUGAGCCGAGCUCGGGACUUGCCAAACGUCGUCUCCUGCUGCGUCGGGGAUGAAUUUCUCAAGCAAUGUUUGCCCAAUUUGCACGCCGAAUUGGAGAUAUGUCAAAAAUCUCUAUCGGGGUACUUGGAGAAGAAACGCAUGAUGUUUCCAAGGUUUUUCUUUGUAUCCGAUCCUGCUUUGCUGGAAAUUCUUGGCCAAGCUUCCGACUCACACACGAUCCAAGACCACCUCAAGAGCAUUUUCGAUAAUACAAAAAGCGUGAUUUUCCACGAGCAAAAUUACGAUCGUAUCACUGCCAUCGUGUCUUCCGAAGGAGAAACGAUCACGCUCGUGCAACCUGUAAGAGCUGAAGGAAGCGUGGAAAGUUGGCUCAUGCGACUCCUUCAAGCGUCUCAAUAUUCGGUUCAUUCGAUUAUUCGAACCGCGCACAAGAGCUUAUCUGACCCGAACUUCGACUUGCUGGUGUUUGCGAACGUCUUUCCGACACAAGUAAACAUUUUGGGCUUGCAAAUGAUCUGGACUCGCGAUUCGGAAAUAGCUUUGUUGCGGAGCAAGAUUGACAAGAAGAUCAUGGGCGAAGCCAACAGCAAAUGCCUGGCAAUGCUGAAUGUCUUGAUUGCGCAGACAACGAAAGAUCUUUGUCCCGUAGAGCGAACAAAGUUUGAGACCCUCAUCACCAUUCAUGUCCACCAGCGAGACAUUUUCGAUAAUCUGUGUCGAAUGAGCGUGAAAUCUGUCACGGAUUUCGAAUGGUUGAAACAGUGCAGGGUUUACUUUCGAGAAGACCAGGAUCAAACGGUGAUACAGAUAACCGACGUUUCUUUCGUGUAUCAGAACGAAUUUCUGGGCUGCACCGAAAGGCUCGUCAUCACUCCGUUGACAGACAGAUGCUACAUCACACUAGCACAAGCACUGGGGAUGAGCAUGGGAGGCUCUCCAACCGGACCCGCAGGCACAGGUAAAACCGAAACGACGAAGGACCUCGGCAAAACGCUCGGAAAAUACGUUGUCGUUUUCAACUGCUCCGAUCAAAUGGAUUACCGGGGUUUAGGCAGAAUCUUCAAAGGAUUGGCCCAAUCCGGAACCUGGGGCUGCUUCGACGAGUUCAAUCGGAUCGAGUUGCCCGUGUUGUCAGUGGCCGCACAGCAAAUUGCAAUGAUCUUGAAUUGCAAAAAGGAGAAGAAAAGUUCGUUCAUUUUCAUGGACGGGGAUCUGGUCGACAUGAACCUUGAAUUCGGGAUCUUUCUCACCAUGAAUCCUGGUUAUGCUGGUCGAAAAGAAUUGCCGGAAAAUUUGAAAAUACAAUUCAGAACCGUGGCGAUGAUGGUCCCAGACCGACAGAUCAUCAUCAGAGUAAAGUUGGCGUCAUGUGGAUUUCUCGAAAAUAUCACUCUGGCCCGGAAAUUCUUCACCCUUUACAAAUUGUGCGAAGAGCAAAUGACUAAACAGGUCCACUACGAUUUUGGGCUGCGGAAUAUUUUAUCCGUUUUGAGAACCUUGGGAUCUGCGAAACGAGCGAAUCCUCGUGACUCGGAAAGCAUGACUGUCAUGAGAGUCCUGCGAGACAUGAAUCUUUCAAAGCUAGUCGACGAGGAUGAACCACUUUUUAUGUCACUGAUCAGCGAUUUGUUCCCGAACGUAACCUUGGACAAAGCUGGACAUCCGAAACUAGAAAAACUUAUCGACGAUCAGGUAAAAGAGGCAGGUUUGAUUAAUCAUCAACCUUGGACAGUGAAGCUCAUCCAGCUUUAUGAGACACAAUUGGUUCGACACGGAAUCAUGGUCCUGGGGCCCAGCGGAUCUGGAAAAACGUCUUGCAUUCAGAUUUUGCAGAAGGCCUUGACUCAAGCCGGGGAACCCCACAAAGAGAUGAGAAUGAAUCCGAAAGCCGUAUCUGCAGCCCAAAUGUUCGGUCGGUUGGACGUGGCAACGAACGACUGGACAGACGGAAUAUUUUCUACCCUGUGGAGACGGACCCAUAAAUCGAAAAAAGGCGGUGAGCACAUUUGGAUUGUGCUGGAUGGACCAGUCGACUCAAUCUGGAUUGAGAACCUAAAUUCGGUUCUCGACGACAACCGGACUCUAACCCUGGCAAACGGGGACCGAAUCCCAAUGGCAUCGAACUGCAAAAUCAUCUUCGAACCCGACAACAUAAACAACGCUUCGCCAGCGACGGUUUCUCGCAAUGGGAUGGUUUACAUGAGUUCUUCGGCCUUGGAUUGGAAGCCGAUUGCUCAAGCUUGGUUCAAAAAGUGUCCUGCUGGUUACUGCAAAAAUCUGCUGGAAAAUAUUCUCUGCACCGUAUUUCCAAAGGUUCAUGAUUGGACAAAGCACAAUAUCGUAUACAAAAUGGAGCUGCUCCAGGUCAACGUCAUAACCCAGUUUCUAAAUCUUCUCGAGGGACUGAUGCCCAUAAAAAAUCAGUCGGACGACGACAAGGUGCAACUAAACCGUAAUCCGGAUGGCAUCAGCAUUUUGUGGUCCAAAAACGAAAAUAAAGAAAGCCAUAUUCGUCGAAAUGCCCUUUUCUGUCUGAUGUGGAGCACCGGAGCUGUUUUGGAACUGGAAGACCGACAAAAGCUGGAGAUUUAUUACCGGGAAACGCCGGAAAUCGCUCAAAUACUCGACUUUCCUCCUCGACAAACAGAUUUCGGAGCUUCCAUGUUCGACUUUUUCGUCAGCGAAUCAGGACACUGGGUCCACUGGAGUUCACGUGUGGCAGAAUAUAUCUUCCCGGACGCGUCUUUGGGGCCGAUAGAUUUCUCAUCAUUCCUCGUGCCAAACAUCGACAAUGUUCGAACGGACUUCUUGAUCGACACCAUUGCCAAGCAAAAAAAGGCCGUGCUCUUGACGGGCGAACAAGGCUCAGCGAAAACCGUCAUCACCGAAGCUUACCUGAAAAAGCUCAACCCAGACGUUUUCCUCUGCAGGAAAAUGAAUUUCUCUUGUGCUUCAGCUCCCCAUCUUUUCCAGAAAAGUAUGGAAAGUUAUUUAGACAAACGGAUCGGAAACACAUUUGGUCCACCAGGAGGAAAGAAAAUGGUCGUGUUCAUCGACGACAUCAGCAUGCCGCAGAUAAAUGAAUGGAAGGAUCAAAUUACCAACGAAAUCGUACGGCAAACAAUUGAAAUGAAGGGUAGCGGAAGAAACGAUAUUCCGGCUCGCCUCAAGCGACACUUCUCCAUAUUUAAUUGCACUCUGCCAACGCCUCCGACGAUAGACAAAAUUUUCGGAGCUAUCGCAACCGGCUACUAUUGCAGCAAACGAGGAUUUACAUACGAAGUACAAGAAAUCGUUGCGAAACUAGUUCCGGUCACCCGGAAGCUGUGGGCGCAAGCGAAGUCAACCUUGUUGCCAACCCCGGCCAAGUUUCAUUACAUUUUCAACCUUCGAGACUUGAGCAGAAUUUGGCAAGGAAUGAUUGGCACGCAGUCGAAUGUGGUCGAUAGUCAAAAGGUGCUUUUGAAGCUUUGGAAGCACGAAAACACCCGAGUCAUCGCCGAUAGAUUCACAGACGUCAAAGACAAGGAUUGGUUCAACGAAACGUUGGUCGGUCUGGUAGACAAAGAGCUGGGCAAAGCUUAUGGGGACAUGAUCAGGGACACGUCGUAUUUCGUGGACUUCCUGCGGGAUGCGCCGGAGCCCACCGGGGACGAGCCGGAAGCGGAAACGGAAGUGGAAAUGCCGAAAAUUUACGAGCCCUUGCCCAACUUUUCUUUGCUCGAGGAACGCCUGAGAAUGUUUCUGGCGCAGCACAACGACAUGGUUCGCGGCAGUGGCAUGGAUCUCGUCUUCUUCAACGACGCCAUGUGUCAUAUCUUGAAGCACAACGACAUGGUUCGCGGCAGUGGCAUGGAUCUCGUCUUCUUCAACGACGCCAUGUGUCAUAUCUUGAAGAUAUCAAGAAUAAUUCGGAAUCCUGGAGGCAACGCGUUGCUCGUGGGAGUUGGCGGUUCGGGAAAGAAGUCAUUGACGCAAUUGGCGUCAUUCAUCGCUGGUUACAAAACCUUCCAGAUUACUCUUUCAAGAACUUACAACAUGAAUAACUUCCUCGAGGACCUGAAAGUAUUGUACAGGACUUGCGGCAUCCAGGGCAAAGGAAUGACUUUUCUCUUCACCGACCAGGACAUCAAAGAAGAGGGAUUCUUGGAGUACCUCAAUAAUGUGCUUUCAUCUGGUCGAGUUUCAAACCUGUUCAACCGAGACGAGCAAGGUGAGAUAAUCGUGGAAUUGAUUCCAAUAAUGAAGCGAGAACAUCCACGUUCGGCCCCGACGCCGGAAAACGUGCUGGACUUUUUUGAGACCCGAGUUCGACAAAAUCUUCAUGUCGUCCUGUGUUUUUCACCGGUGGGCGAGAAAUUCCGGAACCGUGCCAACAAGUUCCCUGGGCUGUUCUCGGGUUGCACCAUCGACUGGUUCCAGCCUUGGCCGCGAGACGCUCUCAUUGCAGUUGCCCAACACUACCUCAAAGAGUUCGAAAUGAUCUGCACACCAGCUGUGCGCCCUAGCCUGGUCAAAGCCAUGGCGAACACGCAAGAGGUCGUAUCUGACCUUUGCAUUGAAUAUUUUGAAAGACUCCGUCGAUCUGCUCACGUGACUCCGAAAUCCUUCAUGACCUUCCUCAACUUGUACAAGAGCGUUUACAGCAAAAGGUACUCGGAAAUUGCGGAAUUGGCCGAAAGAAUGGACCAUGGCCUCGGAAAGCUUCAAGAGGCUUCAACCUCGGUAUCCCAGCUGAAAGCUGAGCUUUUCGUCAUGGAGAAAGAGUUGGAAAUUGCUUCGGCGAAAGCAAACGAGGCGGGAUAUAAUGACAUAAAUGCUUUGUUUGAACUACCUGCGAAAGAAGCCGAGACAAUUAGGAACCAGGUCAGAGUGAAGAAGGAUGAUGCGCAAGUGUUGGUUGAUAUCAUCGCAGCUGACAAGGCCUGGGCUGAGCAGAAAUUGGAAGCUGCUAGACCAGCACUGGAAGAAGCCAUUUCUGCUCUGAACACCAUCAAACCUGCUCAUAUUGGCGAAUGCUUGCGGGUCGUUGCUUGCUCGUUAAUCCUAAUGAGGUGUUUAUUCGGGUGCUUGAUUGCCCGCGACAGCCACGGUCCGGAAGCUGGGCAGGCCGCCGCAUCUGAUUAUGCGAGUGCUGGAUUGCGUGCUGAUCUUGUUCAAGACCCGACUGCAUCCCGUCACACCGGAUGGACUGUUUGCGUGUCCAAGGCCCUCGUGUUUCUGGCGAGCACGAAUUUCCUGCAAAAUCUGGAACGAUUCCCCAAGGACACGAUGAACGACGAGGUGGUUGAGCUCCUGGAGCCGUACUUCAUCAUGGACGACUACAACAUGGAAACUGCGCUGCGGGUUUGCGGCGACGUGGCUGGGUUGCUUUCCUGGACGAAAUCCAUGGCGUUUUUCUAUGGAGUCAAUAAAGAAGUCUUACCCCUCAAGGCAAAUUUGGCGAUGCAAGAGGCCAGAUUGGCUCUGGCGAUGGCAGAUUUUAGCACAGCCGAAAAAGAACUUCGCAGCAAGGAAGUGGAAGUCAGUCGCGUGCGAGACUGGUAUUCCAAGGCGGUUGCAGAACGGGAGCGCCUCUGUGAGGCGGCCCUGACUUGCCGCCGUAAAAUGAACGCCGCGGAAACGCUGAUCAAUGGGCUCGUUGGCGAGAAAGUUCGCUGGACCAGUCAAAGCAAGGCUUUCAAGGAUCAAACGAAAAGGUUGAUUGGUGAUGUGGUCAUCGCGACUGCCUUUAUUUCUUACGCUGGGCCCUUCAACCAAGAAUUUCGUUCGAGAUUGAUGCACAGUUGGCAAGAAAUCAUUCGAACUCGUGAUAUUCCUUGUUCAGACGAAAUUAAUGUCGUCGGAAUGCUCGUCGAUCCUCCAACGAUUUCCGAGUGGCAUUUACAAGGUCUUCCGAACGAUGAAUUGUCCGUUCAAAACGCUGUGAUUGCCACUAAAGCCUCGUGUUUUCCCCUGCUGAUUGAUCCACAAGGUCAAGGCAAGCUGUGGAUCAGAAAUCGGGAAAUUUCCAACGAUUUGCAAGUAGUCGUUGGUGAUAAGGAAUUCGACAUCGUGCCCGGCUUCACGUUGUAUUUGACGACGAAGAUGUCCAAUCCGAGUUUCACGCCGGAGACGAGUGCUAAAACAGCGGUCAUCGAUUUCACCGUCACUAUGAAAGGCCUUGAGGACCAACUGCUGGGCCGAGUCAUUUUGACGGAGAAAAGCGAACUCGAGGCGGAACGAGUGGCUCUGGUUGAAGACGUCCUCGACCACAAACGGACCAUUCAGCAGCUCGAGGACAAUUUGCUUUCGAAGCUAACAUCGAUCGAGGGAUCGUUGGUCGACGACGAAGAGUUGAUUGCCGUCCUUGCGAGCACGAAAGCCACUGCGCAAGAAGUGUCCCAAAAGUUGAAAAUCGCUGCUGAUACGGAGAGGAAAAUCAAUCAAGUGCGCGAAGAAUUCAGACCCGUGGCGAAACGAGGCUCCACGCUAUACUUCCUCAUUGUGGAAAUGAGCAACGUCAACGCCAUGUAUCAAACGUCGUUGCGACAGUUUCUCUUCUUGUUCGAGCUGUCCAUGUCCAGAGCUGCGAGCAGCAACAUGACUUACGCACGGAUCUGCAACAUCAUAAAUUACAUGACGUCGUCAGUGUGGAAAUUCGCGUCUCGAGGAUUUUACGAACGCCACAAAUUUCUCUUCACGUUACUCCUGGCCGUCAAAAUUGACCUGCACACGGAAAAAGUGACUUUUGAGGAAUUCAUGACUCUCAUCAAAGGUAAAGUGAUCAAAGAACACGAAAAGGAAUGGAAGGAAUGGUGGGAACACGAAGCUACGGAAACCCGGACGUUGCCAAGCAAUUACAGUCAGACUUUGGAUGCAUUCCGGACGUUGUUGCUCAUACGGUCUUGGUGUCCUGAUCGAACCUUGUUUCAGGCGAAAAUCUACGUCGAAAAUUCGCUGGGGGAUGAAUUCAGAGACGUUCCGAUUUUAGACAUGGAUGAAAUGUGCGCUGAAAGUGACAGCAGAACCCCCUUGAUUUGCUUGUUGUCACUUGGUGCUGAUCCAACUUCUCAGAUCGAAGCCUUGGCUAGAACAAAGGACAUAGUUCUUCGAUCGGUGUCGAUGGGCCAAGGGCAAGAACACACUUCCAGGAAGUUGCUGAACGAGUGUAUGACAACUGGGCACUGGGUGCUACUGCAAAAUGGUCAUUUGUCGCUUUCGUUUUGCGAGGAACUCGUUGAAACGGUGAACGAGACCCCUGCGAUUCAUCCCAACUUUCGGUUGUGGUUGACGACCGAGUAUCACACGGAAUUCCCAGUGGCUCUGCUACAAAUGUCUAUCAAGUUUACGAAUGAACCCCCGCAAGGGGUAAAGGCCAGUUUGAAGCGAACUUACACCACGAUGAGUCAAGAUGUUUUCGAAUACAGCAGCAUUCCGCAAUGGCAACCGUUGCUGUUUUCUGUCUCGUUUCUUCACACUAUCGUUUUGGUAGGGAAAUAUGCAUAA